ACGUACAUAAAAUGUAACAUUUCUUGCAUAGAAUGUAAACGUACGACUAUAAACUAGCGAAUAUGAGUCAAGGAGAUCGUCUAGUUCGUGCUUUACAAUCYAUCGGCUGCCCAACAGCUAAAGAUCUUACUGGGGAGAGUAUAGAGUGGAUGUUUGAGCACGAAAMUUGUUUGCCUUUCUUGGAUUGGUUUGUUGAAGUUAUAGAGGCUGAUACUGCUCGAGAAAAUGUACUUACUGACGAUGAACUUGAAAGAUUCGAUGAUUUAGUUUCUUCUGGAGAAGGAAUUAUCGAGGGGGAUAAACUCGAUGAAGUGUUAUCUAAUGCACAUAGUUCUGGAUUAGAGAGUACCCCUAUUGGCUCACUAAGAGAUGAAAUUGAAACUGCAAAACAGAAACAAGAAGCUAUUGAUAAGCGUUUAAGUAAUCUUGUUUUUCAAAGAAAUACAUUGAGCCUWCAUCAAGCAAAAKCAAGCCACAAGCUUAAUCAAGUCAAUGAUAUYGCAAAGAAAGAAAAGCAAAAGUACAAGAGCUUACUAGARAAAAGCCAGCAUGUUAACAAACAGAUGGAUAGUAUGCUUAAUGAGCUUCAAGAAACUGUUUGCAGCGUGACCAAAUUGUAUACUAACAGUGAUAAAGAAGAUGACAAGAAAACUAGGAAAGGAUUUCUCUCUCAACUUAGCUACAAAGAYUACUUUGAUUCUGAGGAAAUAUUUACAAGUGAUCUUACUACUUACACCAAGAAACAGUUUUUUGAGGGUAUUGCUGAUAUGAGUGGAAGAAGUGACAAGUCAAGAUAUGACCUUUUGGAGAUUAGUGAUCCUACAUCCCUUCUUAUAAGAGGAGAGAAUGAGGAAGUCACUAUGAAUGACUGUAAAGAGUUGACAAGACUCAAAUUAAUUUUCAUUCCAAGUGAGACUCAGAGGAUUCAUUCACAAGCCUCAGCCGUUGGAGUCCAAGCAGCCUUGAAAUUAGCAAAGCAGAAAUCAAUGCUUCAUCAUCAACAAGCUGCUGAUGUAGUUUCUCUUCGGGACCAAGUAAGUGAAACCCAAAAAGCACUUGCAGAUGUUCAAGAUGAUAUUGCAAAGAUAACAAAAACAACACUUCCACCUCUUAUCCACGAACUGGCCGARCUACAACCAACAAAAGUCUUAGAAGGAGACUAUGAUUUGAAAAUAUCAAGGCAGGACUAUUUUACAUCAAAACAAGACCAGGUAAUCAACCAGCUUCUGUAUCAGAGGUCAAGGUUUGAGUUCCUGUCUAUGGCUCUUGAAGUUGAAUCAUUCAAGACAAGGGAAACACAUCGACUUCUYAGUGCUGUGGAGUCAGGCUUGCAGCAGAAUUUAAUCAGCUUACAAACCCGUCUUGAAAAGAUGGAUAACCCAGUUUUCCAUCCAGUUGAUCCAAAGCGUGGUACAAUAGACAGCCGUGACAUAUUUGUUGGUCACAUCUAUAAACUCUUAGAACCCUUGAAUACCAGUGAAUCACGCGAUGGCCAGUUAUUCCAGAUGUAUGGCCAGAUCUUGACAUGGACCUGUGGCUUAGUUGAGAGACUGCAAGCCUUGUUGUCAGCAGUAGGUGCWACUGAACAUGCUCAGACUGAUGUCUUAAGAAGAUUAGAAAACACACUUCAACAAUGUCAAAAAGCAUUUUACAGCAACUCAAGCAAAACUAGAGUUCAUAAUAAUCCUGGACUUCAGAGAUUAGAGACACUGGUACAACUGGAAGACCUUCUGUCAUCUCUUCAAAAGUCAAUCAAAGAUGUCAUCAAAGACAUAGAAGGCAAAAAGAAGGUUCUCCGAUCAGACAGCCUUAAAGCCAUGGAACGCAAUGUKUUUAUAUGUUUCUUYAACGAUACAGCAAUGUUAAAGCGGACCCUAGCAGAGCUGGCRGCAAGAGUGGACGCUCAAAUCUUAUCAAACACAUAACCUUACUACUGGAAGAAAAAACACUUUA